UCAGUCUAGCAACCAGCCAUAUUUAACCGGCCUGGAUUAUGCUCGUGUACUGACCAAACACUCCCCUGCUGUUCUUCCUCGUCGGUCAGAGAGGAAGUGAGUAAGAUGCAGCUUUUAUCUGUAAUCUCUAGCUACUCGAGCUGUAACAAUGGUGCCUAUUCACUCCCAGCACAGGGAAAUUUGAAGAAAGAGGCACAGAACCCAGUUCCGAAAAAGCAGCAUCAGUUGAAGUAUUUAAAGAGCUUGGUUCCACCUCUAAUGGCCGCAAUCGUUACCUUAUCUCCACUGUGCAAUACCCCAGUUUCACUUGGACAAACCAUAGAUGUGCAAAGAGGAGCUUCAUUGUUUCGUCAAGCUUGCAUUGGUUGUCAUGUUGGAGGCGGAAAUAUAAUCCAACCUGGUGCAACACUUUUUACAAAAGAUCUUCAGAGAAAUGGAGUAGUGGCAGAAGAGGAGAUUUACAAUGUGACAUACUAUGGCAAGGGAAGAAUGCCAGGCUUUGGAGAGAAUUGCACGCCAAGGGGCCAAUGCACAUUUGGAGCCCGUUUGCAGGAAGAAGAGAUCAAGCUGUUGGCCAAGUUUGUCAAGUUACAGGCUGAUCAAGGAUGGCCAAAUAUAGAAGAAAGUAGCGAAGAUUGACCCCUGGACCUAGAAGGUGCAACUCAUUUGUAAGCCGGGUCAACCUUUUGGGGAAUGCUUCAGUCAUUAACUUACUUCAUUGUAUCCUACCAACUAGCUAGGUCAAUAUCUUUUGUCAUGACUCGGUUACCAUCAUUCAAAACUACUGCUUCUUGGCAUUACCUGACAAAGAAUCCCCUUUCUGUAGGUCCAUAUGCUCAUUACUUGCAUGCAUUACUCAAUCGAUUCUUCUCAUUUAGAAGUCAUAUGUGUACAGAGUUUCCCAGGACUGAGAUACUCAUCAUUAAUGGCCAGUCACAAUUGAUCGAAAAAUACUUUAGAGAGAGCUCCAUUCUUCAAUUUCUGGAGCUAUGCUUUCUUAUA